CAAAUGAAUUAUUCUUCUGGUGUCAUAUAUUUAUCCCUGGAUGGUUAUGUGGAGUUAGAGAAAUAUAGAUAUGUUUAUUUUGUAAUUGUUCUCACACUUUACCUGUUGAUCAUAAGUUGUAAUGGUCUGGUCAUUUUUAUUAUAUUUACAAACAAAAGUCUCCAUGAGCCCAUGUACAUUUUUGUUGCUGCUUUACUUUGUAAUGCUCUCUUUGGAGCAACUGCUCUUUAUCCCAAACUGCUUACUGAUUUACUGUCUGAAAUUCAUAUUGUUUCUUUUGAAUCCUGCAUAUUUCAAUCUUUUUGCAUUUAUACAUAUUCUGCUUCAGAGUUUACACUGUUAUCAGCUAUGGCCUAUGACAGAUAUGUAUCCAUCUGUAAACCAUUACAAUAUAGAACACUUGUAAAAAUGUCCACUGUUAAAAAACUCUUAUGUUGUUGUUGGGUUGCUCCUUGUUGUGGAAUAGGCAUUAGUGCAAUAUUAACAUAUCAACGUAAGCUGUGUAAAUUUAGCCUAAAUAGAAUAGUUUGUGAUACCAGUUCAAUGAUUAAACUGGGCUGUACAGACUUUUUAGUAAGUACUAUAUAUGGGCUUUUUAUUGUAAGCAUUGUUGUGUUUCCUUCACUAUUUUUUGUGUUUUUCUCAUAUAGCAAAAUACUUUCAGUCUGUUUAAUUAAUUCAAACGAUUUCAGAAGAAAAGCUCUACAAACCUGCUUACCACAUCUUUUAAUUUUCAUCAGUUUCUCUAUUACAGGGUGUUUUGAAAUUAUAAAUACUAGAUUAGAAGAAAACAUGCCUCAUGUGUUCACUAUGAUCAUGUCAAUGGAAAAUGUUGUUAUUCCUCCUCUGUUAAAUCCAAUUAUAUAUGGACUGAAACUAAAGGAAAUUUUGAAUAGAAUUAAGAAACUGCUUUGGAAAAGUAAGACACAUCUUGAGUUCAUGAACAUCUGGAUUUUCAACCAGAGGGCGAUCUCCACACUUUUUGCUUUGAGUGUUUGGGGGAAAGUCACGCUCUCCAAGGGCUUGAGGGAGGCUGUGAACACUGUGAUCUUCUUCCCAUGA